AUGGAACAUAUAAAGCCUUGCUCUGCUUGUAGCUGGACUCCUGAACGUCAAGACGGUUGUCGCUACGAAAGCCACGUAAAGAUCAUUUAUGGAGUGAGUGAUCGUGGAGUUUGGUCUCUAGGGUCCAACUUGAUUUUGAAAGAGCGAUCCAGUGCACCUCCAAACUUCGAUGCUUUGAAUCUGCGAUUCAUCGAAAACGAGUCUUCUAUUCCUGUACCUCACUUGGUUGAAGACUGGGUAGAAGAUGGGCGUCAAUUCAUAUUGAUGAAACGCAUACGUGGGCAGCCUCUUAACACUCUUUGGUCGAGUAUGUCGUUGGAAGAGAAGGAACGCGUUGCGAAAGAAACAGCUGAAUAUUUGAAUCAACUUCGCAAAUUGUGCUCCCCGAAGAUGCAGAGUCUUCAAGAUCAACCGAUUUAUUCUGCAUUUCUUUUCCCAAUCGGAUAUGGACUUCCACAUGGCCCAUUUUUAUCGGAUGAUGAACUCUGGGCUGACAUGGAGGAAGCAUUGAGCAAAGUCCCAGAAGACGCUCGACGACGACUUCGGGAACGCAUGCCAGCUGCUGCGCCUUAUACAUUCACGCAUUGUGACUUAACAAACGUGAACGUUAUGAUUGAAGACGGGCAUCUUACUGGAAUAAUCGACUGGGAAUCUUCCGGCUAUUUUCCUGUUUGGUGGGAGUUUACUUCUGCUGGUAUUGGCUUAGGUGAAGAAGAUAAAGAGUGGAAAACUUUGCUGCAAAAAUACAUGCCCGAUUACAGUUCUGCUCGUGAAUUUUGGCUGGAUUAUUGGUCUUUAUCUAGAUACCCCCAUUUGAACGACAAUUUGAACGACAGAGCAUUGAAGAUUCUCCAAGAGCGAGCUGAUGGAAACUAA